AUGCAGGUGUCGCAGAUGAUCACUGAGAAGGAAGAAGGGGAAGAAAUCACGUCACAACCACAGACUAGGCAAGCAACCAUCAACAGAGACCGAGAAGGAGCCCACGAUAGAUUGGUGGCCGAUCACUUUGCCGACGAACCGUUGUACACGGCCGCAAUGUUUAGGCGUCAAUUCCGAAUGAGUAGCCCAUUGUUCUUACAGAUAGCCAAUGACAGGCAAAAGGGGUUUCACCACCUUACAGAAAUGCACAACGGCAAUUCGCCAAAUGGCAUAUGGGAUGGCAACGAUGCGUGGGACGAGUAUUUAAAGAUAUUCGAAAGAACUGCACGAGAAUGCUUGUACAACUUUUGCAAGUGUGUGGUGUAG